UCAAAAGCUGCUCCAAGUUUUUAUUGGAGCUCAUCACAUCACAAGAGAAAAAAAGAAUUGAAGAAGGAAAUCAUGGCGGCGGUUUCAUUGUUAAUGAUGUUCAGAGGCUCAGAUUCUGUACAUACAUAUUUGAGAGCAAAUGGUAUGGGAAAUUCAUCAGCUUUUUGUGCAUCCCAAAUCCCAUUCCGUGUUUGUCCCUUUAUUUCCUUACGGACUGCACUUCGGCCAUCUAAACGACUCUGGUCAAGGGACACAUUUAGAGUUAGAGCAACUAUGAUACAAGAAAAGACUGAAGAGGAAGUGGUUAUAGAGGAAUCAUUCCCGCCAAAGAUUUUGCCUGACAACAAUGGUGGAAGCAGCAGGCAGCCUCCUUCUGAUACUUCUAAUAUUGAGAAAUGGGUCAUAAAGUUGGAGCAGUCAGUAAAUAUCUUCCUCACGGAUUCAGUAGUAAAAAUGCUUGAUGGUUUGUACAGUGACAGACACUAUGCAAGGUUUUUUGUUCUCGAAACUAUCGCAAGAGUUCCUUAUUUUGCGUUUAUGUCUGUUCUACACAUGUAUGAGAGUUUUGGCUGGUGGAGAAGAGCCGACUAUCUGAAAGUCCACUUUGCUGAAAGCUGGAAUGAGAUGCACCAUCUUCUCAUUAUGGAAGAAUUGGGCGGAAAUGCAUGGUGGUUUGACCGGUUUCUUGCUCAAAAUGUUGCAGUUUUAUACUAUCUGAUGACAGUGUUUAUGUAUGCCUUGAGCCCAAGAAUGGCAUAUCAUUUCUCAGAAUGUGUGGAGAGACAUGCAUAUGAAACUUAUGAUAAAUUUGUCAAAGUUCACGGGGAUGAGUUGAGGAAAGUUGCAGCACCAAAGGUUGCUGUGAGAUACUACACUGAAGGCGACUUGUAUUUGUUUGAUGAAUUCCAGACUUCAAGAUUACCCAAUACUCGAAGACCGAAAAUAGAGAACUUGUAUGACGUGUUUGUGAAUGUCCGAGAAGACGAAGCUGAGCAUUGCAAGACAAUGAAAGCGUGUCAGACACACGGCAGCAUUCGGUCUCCUCACUCCUAUGAUUCUGAGGAAGAGUGUGACGUCUCCUCUCCUCUCCAUCGCCUUGAUUGUGAAGGCCUCGUUGACUGCAUUAAGAAAGCUGUUGUUGCUGAUCGUUCCCUCCCAGUCAAGCCGAAGUAGAAUGGGCUGCGUCAUAUUAUGUGAGAAUAUAUUAGUAGUUGUAAGCUUGUAGUAGUGUGCUAGAAGACAAAGAGUAAGAAGAAAUUACCACACAGUUGUAAUACAUACAUCCAUAUACAUAUGUUACUGAAGAAGAAUAUCAAAUUUCUGUUCUACAAACAAUGGUUGAAGAGAUGCAACCUUGAAAACAAAUGAAAGAAAGCCCGAAUUUCUUUAAUUGUAUUAUUAUUUGAGUAAAUGAGUAGCACAAGGGAUGGUGCAGUGUGAACAUUAAACAUUUGAAAUGACAUAAGAACCCUAAAU